AUGCCCUCAGACGGUGCCACUGGGCUAUCGCCAGCUUCCACAAAUUCACAGACAGGCAGCAUAGUACCCCAGAAGCGGACCGCCGACGCAGCUCAUGGCAGGCAACGCAUGGUCAAAGUCACGCGAGCUUGCGAUGUCUGCAAAGCAAGAAAAUCAAAGUGUUCAGGUGGACAGCCAUGCGAGAGCUGCAUGCGCCGCCGAGUACACUGCCAGUACGAGGCUAUCUACACAAGAGGGAAGAGGACCGCGCUUCGUGCCCCCGACCCGGCGGCUGCUGGGCGUUCACCUCCCGUCAACAUGCAGCAGAGAAGCACUCCUCGACCUCCUCACCGAGCUGAAGUGAUUAUGGCUGAUCCAUUCGUUGCCGUUGCUCAGAGCGCCAAUGAUGUGGACCCGCCGUCGCGGGCUUCCCCGGGCCUCGAGGUAGCUGGGCAGUACUCAGACACCACGUCCGGUCUCUCAUUUCUCCACCGCGCCUGGCGUCGCAUCUCGAACAAGGAAGGCUCCCAAUUUGUCAACGGUCAGCUUGGGCUAGCCGAAGACAGCCAACUGCUUAUGAGUGCUGGCGACAAACCUUUUCGAGAAAUUGGGCAAAUGCAAAUGCCAUCAGCAGAUCGUAGCCACGCCUUGCUAGAUUUGUAUUUUGAUGUAUGCAUCGCAACCUAUCGACUACUUCAUCGGCAAACGGUGGAGGCCUGGCUAACGUGCGUUCUUAACAACAUUCAAUGCAAUAUUACACUUUCCAACGGUAUCGGUCAUGCAAAAACAGCAGUGGUGCUCUCGGUACUUGCAAUUGCAGCUUUCCACGAAGAAAAGGCCAAAAGCGACAUCGCAUCAUCGCCCGAGAACGAGUUGAAUGAAGAGCCACAGAGCGAACUCUUCUUUGCCGAGGCUGCGCGUUUGAUUGCGAGCGAAACGGGUAUUCCACAACUUGAGUCAGCUCAAUGUAGGCUUAUCCAGGUUUUGUAUCUACUCAUGUCUUGCCGAUUCAAUCAAGCGUGGUACGCUUUUGGUCAUGCUCUCCAAAUCAUACCGGCCUUGGGCCUGCAUCGAAGAGACGAUCGUAAAAGACCCGGAUCUACCACUAAGCGCGAUUAUAUUGAACAGCAGUGUAGAAAGAGAACAUUUUGGGUGGCGUACAUUCUGGACAAGUACCUCGGCGUCAUUUUUGGACGUCCCAGGCAUUACCACGAUGACGAUAUUGAUCAAGAUCUCCCAGACGCCAUAAAUGACGAAGACAUGACCAGCGAUGGGCCACGGAACUCAAGUUCGGAUGACUGCCACCUGGAGUCGUUGAUAUGGCAUGCACGUCUUGCACAGAUUGCAGAGCGAAUCUCGCGCGAGGUGUAUUCCAUCAAGCCGAUACCAAACAAUCUCCGCCUCGCUGCUUCCCAUCGUCUGGGAGCAGCGCUGCGUGAGUGGAAGUCUUCCCUCCCUCCAUUCCUAGGUUCCGUCAACCCGAGUAGCCUGAUUCCUACUUUUCGCCGGCAAUCCAUAGCCUUGAAGCUUUCGUAUUGCCAUGCGGUCAUGUUAGCCCACCGCCCUUUUCUUCUUAAGAACACCCUACGCGAUAACGGUUCCAUGCAAGAUCUUGCAAAAGAUAGUCUCCAUGAGUGCAUCGUAGCUGCGUGCUCAGUGCUAGAUGCAGUCGACCGCGUGGCGCGUGAGGGUCGUAUGUUUCACGCAUUCUGGUGGACACACUACGUCUGCUUUUGCGCAUUGCUUGUGGUAUAUGUGUCUAUUAUACAGGAUACCUACCGAGAUUCAAUGUCAGUAGGCGAUCGCCAGAAUAUGCUAGAUCAAGCUGAAAACUGCCUGCAACACUUGGCGCGGGCCACAGCCUCUAACUCCCCGUCACGGAGAUAUAGCAUUAUCCUCCAAGAACUUCGUGCUGAAGCUAAACGAAAGACGGCUGUUCCAACUCAAGAGUAUUUACCGCCAUCGUCGGCUACAACUGUGGCCGGCAACCCAAUAACGUUACCUGUAGAGGCUGUGAAUGAUCCUGAUCCGUCGAAUCCAACUCUACAGAUGUGGCAGCCUCUUUUUGGUAGUCCAAUGGACAUGACAACACCAGGUUUAAAAGACUUUUUAGACGAUUGGCAGACAACCGACUGGCUUGACCUUGACUCUUCAGCAUUUGGCCCUUUUCCUGAGAUGGAUGGUGGAUGCUAUAUUAGGUGA